AUGGAUAAAGAUAAGAGGAUCAUUGUUCUUGGGGCUGGUGUGAUGGGAUUGUCAACUACUCUAUCCCUCUUGGAGAAUGGUUACAAGGACAUUUCACUCUACGACAAACGGGAUUAUUUUGCAAAGAGGUACAGCUACUUUGAUGGAUGCGACAGUCCCUCUUCAGACCUUAACAAGAUCUUCCGCUCUAGUUAUGGUGCCGAAGUUCACUACCAAAAAAUGUCGUUCUUGAGCCGUGAAAAGUUCCAGAGGUGGAACAGAGAGAUUGCGGAGCAGAAAUGGGAAGGCGGCGAGCCAAUAUACCUAAACACAGGCAAUGUUCACCUCACCGAUAGAGGUGAAUUGCCAGAGUUUGAAAGGUUGACGUUGGAAAACAUGCCGGAGCACUCAAUUCAUAUCACAGAUGCAGAUGCAGGUGAAAGGGCAGUUAAACAAGGCCUCGAUCCAUGUUCAGUAGAUCCUUUCGACAUGAGACGGAAAGGUAAAAACCUACAAGGUGUUUUGGACACUACCGGUGGUAUGACGUUGGCUGACAAAUCGUGCCGAUGGAUAUUGGAAAAGUGCAUAGCUAUGGGCAAAGACCGACUAAAGACGUUUUUCGGUGACUGCGGCACGUUUAAGGAGCUUUUAUUAGAAUUCAACAGCAAAACACUGAAAAGAAAAUGUGUUGGAAUUAAAACCCUUGACAAUGAGGCACAUAAGUGCGAUCACUUAAUUGUCUGUGUAGGGCCAUGGACAACCGAAGUUAUCCCCGAAGCUAGUGAGAAGCUGGAAGCUACAGGCGGUUCCGUCUGCUUGAUAAAGAUUACCGACGAGAAGCUCAAGGAAAGAUUCAACCAGUCUAAAUUUCCAACGUGGACAUAUAAAGUAAGAGAUGGCGCAAUAGGAGGCCUAUACGGUUUCCCCUGUACAGGAGGUUAUCUGAAAAUUGGGUAUAGGGGUUUGAAGUGGAUAAACCCCCAAAAUGGCCUCAACUCUAAAGUUAAGACCAAAUGGAGCCCGGAUGAGACCGAGACUAACAUUCCGCUUUUUGCAUUGAAGCAGAUAAAAAACUUUGUUAGAGAACACAUACCGGAGAUACCGAAAAUCACAAUGACAAGAUUGUGCUGGUACUCGGACAGCGAAGAUAACGAUUAUUUAAUAUCCUUCUGUCCAUAUUAUGAAGAGAACUCUGUAUUUGUGAUGGGCGGCGAUUCUGGCCAUGCAUUUAUGAUGUUAGGUAGCAUCGGGGAUGUUGCAGUUGGAAUUAUCAAUGGUACGGGCAACAAAUUGUUUAAAGAUUUGUUUUCCUGGGAGAGAGAAAGACCGAAAUUGAAUCCGAUUAAUGGAGGAAAGGAGGAUCCACGGUGUUUGGAGGAUACAGUAAUGGCUACACCUAAGGAUUGGUACAUCCAUGAACCACCGAAGUUGUAA